AAUUAGUACAGAGAAAUUCUGUAUAUCCUUCACUAACCUUUGUCUUGAAUAAUUAUAAUGCAGUUAUCAAAAUCAAGAAAUGAAUAUUGGUGCAAUAGUAUUAAUUUAGCUUAGUUCAAAUUUCACUAGUUUUUUUCACUAUUCCUUUUCUUAGUCCAAGAUCAAAUCCAAGAUCCCACAUUGCAUUUAGCUGUCAUGUGUUUUCUAAUCUAUACACUUUCUGCCUUUCAUGACCUUGGCACUUUUGAAGAGAACUGUCAGUUACUUUGUAGAAUGUCUCUCAAUUUACGUUUGUGUGAUUUUUCUUUGUGAUUAGACUGAGGUUAUGGAUUUUUGGCAAGAAUACCACGAAGAGAUAUUGCUCAUAACAGGGCCUUAAGGCAGGUAUUAGCUAGCACCUCAUUUCAAACAUGAAGAAAUAGACUUUAGUUAAGUAACUUGCCCAAUGUCACACAACAAUGGAAUUAGGAUGGUAAAAUUUAAUGCAGGCAUUCGUUCCAUAUUUUGCAAUUAGUGUUUGUUCUUGCAGGUUUCGGCAAUGUUAAUGACAUUAAAUUGGGGUAGUUUUCCCACUGACUUCUAGCUUUUCCCUGCUGUGUAUUGUCCUUGCAACAUGCAGCAUGUGCUAAUCAGCAUGGUAUGUGUUCAAGAGCUACAGCAGCCAUCUGGGGACUUUGCUAGUUGAUUACUCUGCCAGUCUGAUGAAGUUACUUCAUCUCUCCGUGGCAAAUGAAGGUGUGUGGAUCCCCUCUCAAGCUCCUUCUAAUCUCAGUUGAAAGACAGCAAGAAGCGAGUGUUUUCUGGCAUUCAACCUACAGGAAUCCCCCAUCUGGGCAAUUACCUGGGAGCCAUUGAGAACUGGGUGAGGUUGCAGGAUGAAUAUGACUCUGUGCUGUACAGCAUUGUUGACCUUCACUCCAUCACUGUCCCCCAAGACCCCGCUGUCCUUCGGCAGAGCAUCCUGGACAUGACUGCCACUCUCCUCGCCUGCGGCAUAAACCCAGAAAAAAGCAUCCUUUUUCAGCAAUCUCAGGUGUCUGAACACACACAAUUAAGUUGGAUCCUUUCCUGCAUGGUCAGACUACCUCGAUUACAACAUUUACAUCAGUGGAAGGCAAAGACUGCCAAGCAGAAACACGACGGCACGGCAGGUCUGCUGACAUACCCAGUACUCCAGGCGGCCGACAUUCUGCUGUACAAGUCCACACACGUUCCUGUUGGGGAGGAUCAAGUCCAGCACAUGGAACUAGUUCAGGAUCUAGCACAAGGUUUCAACAAGAAGUAUGGGGAGUUCUUUCCAGUGCCCAAGUCCAUUCUAACAUCCAUGAAGAAGGUAAAAUCCCUCCGUGAUCCUUCUGCCAAAAUGUCGAAAUCAGACCCUGACAAACUGGCCACCGUCGGAAUAACAGACAGCCCGGAGGAGAUAGUGCGGAAAUUCCGCAAGGCUGUGACGGACUUCACCUCGGAGGUCACCUACGACCCGGCCGGCCGCCCGGGCGUGUCCAACCUGGUGGCGGUGCACGCCGCGGUGACGGGGCUCCCCGUGCAGGAGGUGGUGCGCCGCAGCGCGGGCAUGGACACUGCUCGCUACAAGCUGGCCGUGGCAGACGCCGUGAUUGAGAAGUUUGCCCCAAUUAAGCGUGAACUUGAAAAACUGAAGCUGGACAAGGACCAUUUAGAGAAGGUUUUACAAGCGGGAUCUGCAAAAGCCGAAGAAUUAGCAUGCCCUGUGUGCCAGGAGGUGAAGAAAUUGGUGGGUUUUCUAUAGGAGGUUUCAACGAAAUCACAGAAAGGCUUUUGUGCCUUGCAUUCCACACAUUCUGAAAACAGCAGCUUUCCUCACAAGCAAAAAGUUAUAGUUGUGGGACAUUUAAUUUGGCAUAGCUGAUUAUUGGCUUUGUUCGAUGAAUGUCACUUUGUAGCUUUGAAGUACGACAGUGUUCCAAAUCCCAUCAACAAAGUGCUCUGAACAACAAAAAUUAAAGCAGCCAUAGCUGUCUGAAUCCUUAAUUAUCCAGGCACACUCCUUGGCCUCCACAAAUGUGACUGAGAGGAGGAGUAAUUUGGGAAAUGGAGUACAUUGUGCCUCUCUCUGGAGUACUUGCUAUAAUAGAUGCACACUUUAUCUACUUCAUCCCUUUUAUAAAGCAAUAGUUAGAGGACUUAGAAGAAUUCUGGAGAUGCCAUUUGAGCAGAUGCCAAUUUGUCUUCAGAUCUCAUAAAAACAGGUCCAUUCUUACAGUGUGUUUGUCACUGAGACGGUGCCUGAUUUGGGUCCAUUCUCACAAUGUGUUUGUCACUGUGAUGGUGCCUGAUUUGGGUCCAUUCUCACAGUGUGUUUGUCACUGAGACGGUGCCUGAUUCGGGUCCAUUCUCAGUGUGUUUCUCACUGAGAUGGUGCCUGAUUUAACGUAUUGAAGCUGCUUAACUUGCUUUCCAAGAUGACACCCACGGUUCCAGCAAUAAUUUGUUUUUAAAUUUAGAGAUAUGGGAUAUGGUCUUCUAAGGAGGUUGCAUUAUUUCAACUUGAUUUAUUUAUCGCACAAGAGCCCAAGUCCCUGAAUUAUAUUCUUAAUAAAUAUUUUCUUUCAUUCAUUUCAGGUUAGUCUCAUGAAUCCCCUGUGAAUUAGGAGACUUAUUGUCAUUUUAUACAUGAGGAAAGUGAGACCCAGAGAUCCAAUUAGCUUGUACAAUACCACUCUGUAAGAGAAGCAAAUGUGAGAGUAAAAUCCUUACACCUUAUUCUUAAGAAUAGUGCUUGUUUCAUCCAUACCAAAAAUAAAAUGCUGAAAGGCAGCAUUUUUUAGAUUCUAAACAUUCUGAUUUUGAAGGUGGGUAUUGGAAUGACUGAUGAUGUUUAUAUCAGUAAUUCAGCCAAUAGAUGCCGACUUAAAAUCAGAUUCAGCCAACUGCGGUCACGUUUACAUGUCAAAAUCCCUCAGGCGGGUCCCAAGUUCUCCCGUCUACCCUUAUUGCAGAGACACUUUGAAAUAGGUUCUACCAGACUACAAUAAUAGUCAAGACCGACAAAUCAGAUAUUCCGGGUGACUGGCAGCUUCUCAUCUUGCCUCUACCUCAGUUAAGUAAUGUCACCCUAUCUUUUUGAGAAGUGUCUGUUCAUAUCCUUUGCCCACUUUUUGAUGGGGUUUUGCUUUUUUGUUUUAAAUUUAAGUUCUUUGUAGAUUCUGGACACUAGCCUUUUGUCGGAUGGAUUGCAAAAAUUUUCUCCCAUUCUGUAGGUGACCUGUAGGUAUCACUCUUGUGACAGUUUAUUUUGCUGUGAAGGAGCUCUUUAGUUUAGUUAGAUCCCAUUUGUCUAUUAUGGGUUUUCUUGCCAUUGCUUUUGGUGAAGUCUUUGCCCAUGCCUAUGUCCUGAAUGAUUUUGCCUAGGUUUUCUUCCAGGGAUUUCAUGAUGUUAGGCUUUAUGUUUAAGUCUUUAAUCCAUCUUGAAUUAAUUUUUUAUAAGGUGUAAGGAAGGGAUCCAGUUUCAGCUUUCUGCAUGUGGCUAGCCAGUUUUCCAACACCAUUUGUUAAAUAGGGAAUCUUUUCCCCAUUGCUUGUUUUUGUCAGGUUUCUCAAAGAUCAGAUAGUUAGAGAUCUGUGAUGUUAUUUCUGAGGCCUCUGUUCUGUUCCAUUGGUCUAUAUAUCUGUUUUGGUACCAGUACCAUGCUGUUUUUUUAUGCAGCCAACAAACGUGAUACAAAGCUCAUCAUCAUUGGUUAUUAGAAAAAUGCAAAUCAAAACCACAAUGAGAUGCCUCUCAUGCCAAUUAGAAUAGCAAUUGUUAGAAAGUCAGGAAACAACGGAUGCUGGAGAGGAUAUGGAGAAAUAGGAACGCUUUUACCCUGUUGGUAGGAGUGUUAGUUAGCUCAAUCAUUGUGAGAGGCAGAUUUCUCAAGAUCUAGAACUAGAAAUAACAUUUGGCCCAGCAAUCUCAUUACUGGGUAUAUACCCAAAGGAUUAUAAAUCAUUCUACUAUAAAGACACAUGCACAGGUAUAUUUAUUGUGGCACUGUUCACAAUAGCAAAGACUUGGAACCAACCCAAAUGCCCAUCAUUGAUAGAGUGGAUAAAGAAAAUGUGGCACAUAUACACCAUGGAAUUCUAUGCAGCCAUAAAAAGGACGAGUUCAUGUCCUUUGCAGGGACAUGGGUGAAGCUAGAAAUCAUCAUUCUCAGCAAACUAACACAAGAACAGAAAACCAAACACCACAUAUUCUCACUCAUAAGUGGGAGCUGAACAAUGAGAACACAUGGACACAGGGAGGAAACAUCACACACUGGGGCCUAUAAGGGGGUGGGAGGCCUAGAGGAGGAAUAGCGUUAGGAGAAAUACCAAAUGUAGAUGACAGGUUGAUGGGUGCAGCAAACCACCAUGGUAUGUGCAUACCUAUGUAACAGAACUGCCUGUUCUGCACAUAUAACCCAGAACUUAAAGUAUAAUUUUUAAAAAAGUAAUGGCACCCUAAAACCUAGCUUUUCUGCACUUCCAUUUCCCACACCUGAAAAUGAAAAUGAUAUUCCUGACUUAUACACCAAGACCCGUUAGCAAGAUCGAUUUUGUAACAGAAUUGCUUACAAGAUUUUUGUCAGUGAGGACCGUGUUCACCAUUUAUACAUACCUAACUAGUUUGUUGAGCAAAGCAUUUUUGCACAUGUUUCUUAAGGAAGUAGAGUGGUCCUUGUGUCAGAACAGAUACAAAUCCACAAAACUCUGCAUCCCAGAACCCUAAUUAAAAGAUCCCUUUUAGGAUUCUUGGAGCUAGCCUGGAUCAUGGGGAAAGAAUACAUUUUGCCUUUAUAUCUUAUAUUGGAAUGGGAUGUCUAUAACUCCUAGAACCUCUUUGAGCAUAUUUCUUACAAGGCUCUUUUUUUCCCCCCUUCAAAGGAAAUUUUGAAAGGAUUAUGAAUACUGGAAAAUCACAAAAUUAAAGGUAGAUCUAUCAAGCCAA